AUGGGCUCUGCCAGCCUGGAGGCCUGUCUGCAUAAGGAGGUGGGCUGGGGGCUGGCCAAUUUCUGCUACUCCGGAAGUCAGAGGUCUCUCGGAGUCUACCACGGCGAGGACCCUGUCCCGGCCCCGCCUCCCUCCGGACGGCGGAGGACGCAGGGAGGGGAGGCCGGGGGCGAGGUCCGCCCCGAGAAGGGGCGUGUGGCCCGGGCCGCGAGCGUCGCAGCGGCGGGUGAUCGAGCCGCCGGCCCGGGAGAGGAGGGCAGAAAGUUUGUGUCCCCGACGGACGUGCGCGCGGGGCGCGCGGCGGGACGGAGAGGCGCGGCCAUCCCGCCCGGGACCGCGCCCCAGGCCGAGGCGCGGGAGGGCGCGGCGCGGGAGCCGUCCGGGGGCAGCAGCGGCAGCGAGGCGGCGCCGCAGGACGGUGACUGUCCCAGCCCCAGCCGUGGCAGUGCCACCAAACGGAAGAAGAAGCAGCGUCGGAAUCGUACCACGUUCAACAGCAGCCAACUACAGGCACUAGAGCGCGUGUUUGAGCGCACCCACUACCCCGACGCCUUUGUGCGUGAGGAGCUGGCCAGGCGUGUCAACCUGAGUGAGGCACGUGUCCAGCAAUCCUUCUGCCUCAGCUUCUCGGAUACUGUGAUUAUAGGCGUGUGCCACCACAUCAGCCUGGGAGGCUCCAUUGACCCAGUGCCACCUCUGGGUGCUCUGGCCCCUCCCCCAAACUUACAGCCUGGCCUGGGCCACCCCAAGCUCACCAGGAGAAGUAGGACCACCAGAGGCAACCAGCCAGAUGCACCAAUGGAUCCUUGUAUUUCCUGUCCUCUCUCCAGCUCUGUGCAGCCCUACAGCCCUGGGGGAUCCAGUCCUGCAACCUCCGGAGUCAACAUGGCCAACAGCAUCGCCAGCCUCCGCCUCAAGGCCAAAGAGUUCAGCCUACACCACAGCCAGGUGCCCACGGUGAACUGAUGGUCAGCGUGCACCAGGCCUGGCCUCCUUCCUGGCCCAGCAACAGACAGCGAUGAAGCAAGUGGGCUUUUCUGUCCCUGUCCCCAGACAGGCUGGACAGUCUCUCCUAGGCCUUCUCUCCAUUCCAGCCUCCUGAGCUCCAGAGGCCUACUGGGUACCAGGAGCCCAUCUCAGCACCUCUCUGCCUAUGGUGGCUGAGGCCACAGCCUGAGGCUCUUGGAGCAGCUGGGCUGGAAGGCGGAGCAGGAGUCCGCCAAGGACCUCACUUGUGUAUUAAAACCAAAAAGCUUUUGUCCUUAAGGAAUAAAACCAUUUUUCUUAA